UGACUGAAUUGAAUUAUCCAUCAGAUCAAAUUUUCAGAAAUUUUUUUUUCUAAAAAAAGGAUGGUGGCGACGACGGUGAAAAUGGAGAAAGCGUCAGAUCCGAUGUCGAAGCUGCAAGCAUUAUUAUCAAUGAAGGCUUGGAAGCUGAAGACGAAGCAGCAGGAGCUGUUAAUUAGGGUUUCGAUCUUAUUGUUGGUGUAUGUAUUGGCGUUUAUUACCCGACUUUUCAGCGUCCUGAGAUAUGAGUCGAUGAUCCACGAGUUUGAUCCGUAUUUCAACUACAGAACGACGCUGUAUUUGACUCAGAAUGGGUUUUACGAUUUCUGGAACUGGUUUGACUCGGAGAGUUGGUAUCCGCUCGGUAGGAUCAUCGGUGGGACCCUCUAUCCUGGUCUCAUGGUCACUGCUGCCAUUAUCUAUUGGACCCUCAGAUUCCUCAGGUUUGCUGUGCACAUUCGUGAGGUCUGUGUGCUCACUGCACCAUUCUUUGCCUCUAAUACUACUUUGGUCGCCUACUUCUUUGGGAAGGAGUUGUGGGAUUCUGGUGCUGGGCUGGUAGCGGCAGCAUUAAUUGCUAUUUGCCCUGGUUACAUUUCAAGGUCGGUUGCAGGAUCAUAUGAUAAUGAGGGGGUUGCUAUCUUCGCUUUGUUGCUUACAUUCUAUCUCUUUGUUAAGGCGGUGAAGACGGGGUUGCUUGCUUGGGCACUGGCCUCAGCUUUUGGCUACUUCUAUAUGGUUUCAGCAUGGGGUGGUUAUGUGUUCAUAAUUAACUUGAUUCCACUCUAUGUACUCGUUCUCUUGGUCACGGGGAGAUAUUCAAUGAGAUUGUAUGUGGCUUAUAAUUGCAUGUAUAUACUAGGAAUGUUGCUUGCAAUGCAGAUUCGUUUUGUGGGUUUUCAACAUGUGCAGUCAGGAGAACAUAUGGCUGCAAUGGGAGUGUUUUUCUUAAUGCAGGUGUUUUACUUCUUGGAUUGGGUUAAGCACCAGCUAAAUGAUCCAAAAUUAUUCCAUGCUUUCUUGAGGAUCACCGUUUCCUCUGCUGUAGGUUUGGGUGCUAUUGCUUUAGGACUUGGAACUGCAUCUGGCUAUAUCUCCCCUUGGACGGGUCGAUUUUACUCCUUAUUGGAUCCAACAUAUGCAAAGGAUCAUAUUCCCAUUAUUGCAUCUGUAUCUGAGCAUCAGCCAACAGCAUGGUCAUCUUUUAUGUUUGAUUUCCACAUACUUCUCAUCCUUUUCCCGGCAGGCCUAUACUUCUGCUUUAAACGGCUUUCAGAUGCCACCAUUUUCAUAGUGAUGUAUGGUCUCACAAGUAUGUAUUUUGCUGGAGUCAUGGUACGUUUGAUUCUUGUCGCUACACCAGCAGUGUGCCUUAUCAGUGCUAUUGCAGUCUCUGCCACCAUAAAGAAUUUAACUCAGCUGGUCAGGGAAAAACCCAAGACCACUCAUAGUGGUUCUGCCAAAGGAACGACUGGCACAAAAACUUCGUCUAAGGGGUCAUUUGAUCAAUCUCUUCCUUUCCAAAAAAAUGGUGCUAUUGCAUUGCUGCUUGGUGUAUUUUACUUGUUGAGCAGAUAUGCUAUCCAUUGUACUUGGGUUACAUCAGAGGCAUAUUCCUCGCCCUCGAUUGUCUUGGCUGCAAGGGGAGCCCAUGGAAACAGAAUCAUUUUUGAUGAUUACCGGGAGGCAUACUUCUGGCUGCGUCAGAACACCCCUCCAGAUGCUAAGGUGAUGUCUUGGUGGGAUUAUGGCUAUCAGAUCACUGCCAUGGGAAACAGGACCGUGAUUGUAGACAAUAACACCUGGAAUAAUACACAUAUCGCAACUGUGGGGCGUGCAAUGUCAUCUUAUGAGGAUGAAGCGUAUGAAAUAAUGCAAUCACUGGAUGUGGAUUAUGUAUUAGUUGUAUUUGGAGGUGUGACCGGGUACUCUUCUGAUGAUAUUAACAAAUUUUUAUGGAUGGUGAGAAUUGGAGGAGGAGUAUUUCCUGUAAUCAAGGAGCCAGAUUACCUUGUUAAUGGAGAAUAUCGUGUUGAUAAGGGAGCUGCUCCAAAGAUGUUGAACUGUCUUAUGUACAAACUGUCAUAUUAUCGCUUUGGUGAGCUGACAACUGAAUUUGGCAAACCACCUGGAUAUGAUAGAGCAAGGGGGGUUGAAAUCGGAAACAAAGACGUAAAGCUUGAAUACUUGGAGGAGGCAUUUACAACAUCUAACUGGAUUGUUAGAAUUUACAAAGUCAAGCCGCCCAAUAAUAGGUGGUAGAAAACAUAUUGGUUGCUGCUCAUCCAGCCAAAGGGCGAUUUACAGCCCCCUCUUUCCGCGGGACAAAAAGAUAUUCGAUCAGUGUUGAGUCAACAGAAGGCGUUAGAUGGAACUAAAUAGCACAAUACUAAUUUAUACUUGCUUUUUGUAACAUUCGGAGCUGCAUUUUUCUGGGAUCCUCCUCAUUUUGCAGAAUCUAGUAGGACAACACUUCAUUUAAUGUAGUCAAUCCUAAUAGUCUGCUUCCGAAGUUCUCAAAUUCUUUGCUACGAAGUGCUUUGUCUCUAGCCGCUUCUUUGAAGUUUUGAAGAGUCACAAAUUUAAGGUUUUUCGCGAUGCACUUUGACUGA